AUGGAUACUGUUGGAAUAUUGGUAUGCUACAAUGGAAGUUGGGUUAAGAAGGAUAACAUUGAGAGUUACGAAGGUGGGGAGGCUAAAGGCAUAAUAGUGUCACGGAACGUAACGUUUUCCGACCUUGUUCAGCGCAUUUAUAAGAUCAUGGAUGCAGAUCCCACGAAAUAUAUUGUCACACUGAAAUAUUCAGUUCCUGUAUCCUCAUCUGUCUGUAAGCAUAUAAGGGUUGAAGACAAUGAUGAUGUUAAAUAUUUUGUAAAGUACAACACAGAUGUUAUGGCCUCUAAAGUAACCCCUUUAGUAGCAAGCUUGAAAAAUAUUGAAGGUCAUGGUAUUGAAGGGUGCAAUGGCAUUGUAAGCGUUGAGAGUAGCAAUGCUCCUGCUGAAUUUGUUGUGGAACAAAGAAAUGUGGUAAUUCGGGACAAUGAAACUGAAAAUGGUGGGAAUGAUUUUAAUUGGAGUGAUUGGGUUGAAGAAGUGAAUUUUGAAAGUGGUGAAAACAUAGUUGCUGAUUUCAAUGAACCUAGCAACGAAGAGGAACCGCAGUCUGCUUCGAUUUUGCAUCCUCAUGAGGACAGCAAUGUCGAACCGUCCACUGUGCAGUGUAGACAGGUGCAAUCCGAACCUCCCCAACAAUCAAGUUCGACUGAAAUGCAUACAAGUCGGGGUGAUUUGAAGCAUGAUUGCCCUUUUAAAAACCAUAAGUUUAGCAGCUAUUACAGGCCACUUUCGAUUGAGAACUGUCCAAUCUGGGAAGCAUCGGUGUGUGUUCGCUGUUGGCAGCUUCCUUGCCCUUGGAAAGUUCGGGCAUAUAAAGUUGGAUUACAUGAGUUUAAGGUUGUUAAAUACGAUCCACUUCAUGAAUGUGAUAUAACGUAUAUAAGUAGUCAUCAUCCUCAAGCUACGAUUGAAUUGCUGUCUGACUGUGUUAAGUGGAGAUUUCAGGAUUCGCGCAACAUUUAUACAGCAGCUGAUAUAAGAAAGAUGUGA